AUGUCGGACGGCGCGCCGCGCAGAAAGUACCCCUUCUGGCUGGGCGGCUGCGCCGCCAGCAUUGCGGUGUGCUUUACGCAUCCCCUCGACCUGACCAAGGUGCGGAUGCAGAAUUCGCCCCACAAGACGACAACGUUCAGGCUUUUGCGCGGCACGCUCGUGAAUGAGGGUGUGCGUGGCCUCUACAUCGGCAUUUCCGCAAGUGUGCUGCGCCAAAUGACAUACAGCCUCACGCGUUUUGCCGCGUACGAGGAGAUCAAGCAUAUGGUCGCCCCCCACUACAGCGGGCCUGAGGCCGUGCCUGUGUGGCUCAAAAUCGCGGCGGCCGGUAUGGCUGGUGCGGUUGGUGGCAUCGCCGGCAACCCUGCGGACGUGAUUCUCGUGCGCAUGACGAGCGACAUUUACCGCCCUGUGGACCAGCGCUUUGCGUACCGCGGCGCGAUACACGGCAUCAUGCACGCUGUGCAAGAAGAGGGCCCGUCGUCGCUCAUGCGGGGUCUGACGCCGAAUGUCGUGCGCGCCAUGCUGAUGAACUCGAGCCAGCUGGCAUCGUACGACUUUUUCAAAGAGCUGCUCGAGUCGACCGGCUACUUCCAUAAGGGCACGCUCACGCACUACCUGACGUCGUCGCUGCUCGCCGGGACGGUCGCCACUACGAUCACCUCGCCUGCCGACGUGAUCCGUGCACGCCUCAUGAAUGUGCGUGGCUCUGAGAGCGGCGUGCCAGAACUCAUGAAGGCGCUGCGCCGCGAGGGCCCCAUGUUCCUGUUCCGUGGCUGGGUGCCUUCGUGGAUCCGUCUCGCGCCGAACACGGUCAUUUUGCUGACCGUGCUCGAAGAGCUGCGGCACCUCGUCGACUAUGUGCGCGGCGACCGCUGA